AAUUUACAGAACUGAGCCCUCUCCUUAUUAAUUAAGUGUUUUUCUUUAAAAUUAUAUAGUAAAACAUCAAAAAAAAAAUGUUGAAUAUAUUAUUAUCUAUUAUUUUUUAUUAGUUGUCAUUAAAUAGUGAAGCCACGUUGAAGCCUUGACAAAAACAUAAUAGUAAGGUGACGUUCUUAGUAUAGCAGGUUAAGAUCAGAGCUGAUUGCCGAACUAAAAGUUACUAGACAAAGUUUGAUAUUAAAGGCAUGGCGUUUGGCAUUGUCGACUACAUUGUUUUCGCUGUCAUGCUGACAAUAUCAGCGUCGAUCGGCGUAUACUACAGAUUUACAGGCGGAAAGCAAAAAACCACUCAGGAGUAUAUGUUGGGAAACCAAAACCAGAGUAUGAUUCCGGUGGCCUUUUCAUUGAUGGCCAGUUUCAUGUCUGCUAUUGCCAUGUUUGGAGCCAGUGCGGAAAUCUAUAUGAGAGGAACACAAUUUACCACCUACUACCUGGGAUACAUGCUUGCGGCACCCGUAAUCGCAUACAUAUAUCUACCAGUGUUCUUUAGACUGGGAAAUCUUUCGGUCUAUGAGUACUUGGAACUACGGUUCGGACGCCUGAUACGAAUCACCACGUCAUUGGCUUACAGCGUUCAAAUGAUACUUUACAUGGCUAUAGUCCUUUACGCUCCAGCUAUAGCCUUAGAAGCCGUUACCGGGAUGUCACGAACUUCGUCCAUUACCGUAGUUGGUCUAGUGUGUGUGUUCUAUUCGACGAUUGGUGGCAUCAAAGCAGUCAUCAUUACCGAUUUGUUCCAAUCUAUUUUAAUGUUUGGCUCAGUAUACGCGGUAAUCGGAGUUGCAAUUUACGAAACCGGUAGUGUAUCAGAAAUUUGGAGAAUAGGCAAUAAAUUUAACCGCAUUCAGUUUUCAAACUUCAAUAUAGAUCCAACGGAAAGACACAGCUGGUUUAGUUCGGUUUUUGGUGGAUUUUUCACGUGUAUAUCUUUGUUUGCCAUAAACCAAACCCAAGUGCAACGGUACCUGACAAUGAAAGACUACCAGACAGCCGUUAAAUCCAUAUGGUACAGCAUCCCGUUAAUGAUAUUUUUGGCUCUAUCGGCCAGUUUCUCCGGUUUGGCAAUAUACUCAAAGUAUCACAGCUGUGAUCCACUCAGAACUGGUCGUAUUGCCAGCGAAGAACAAUUGAUGCCUUUGUAUGUCCUGGAAACAAUGGGGAAUAUUUCAGGGUUAACUGGUUUAUUCGUUGCUGGUAUAUUCUCUUCAGCCUUAAGUUCAGUGUCGCCCAUCUUGAAUUCAUUAGCCGCUGUAACAAUGGAAGAUUACGUCAAGCCAUUUAGAAAACAUGAAAUACCCGACAAAAAGAAAGUUUAUUAUAUGAAGCUGUUAGUUCUUGCUUAUGGCGGUGUCUGCAUUAUAUUGGCUUUCUUAGCUCAGUACAUUGGUUCUAUCCUUCAAACAUCUUUAACCAUAUUUGGCGUGAUUGGAGGCCCUGUUUUAGCUGUGUUUACACUUGGAGUACUAAUACCAAAAGCUAAUCAAAAAGGCGCAUUUACUGGUCUUAUAUUGGGAUUGAUAUUUUCUUUUAUUCUUGGAUUCGGUGGCCCCAAACCACAUCCAAAAAAUUUACCCACAUAUACGAACUCGUGUACCGUGCUGGACGAAACGGCUUUUAAUCUACAUACUAUAACUACUGCGUUACACGAAGAGCCAAAAAUUGAUUAUUUAUAUUUGUUUCGAAUCAGUUAUAUGUAUUACAUUGUGUUGGGAUUCGCUGUAACAUUUAUAUUUGGUCUGGUCGUGAGUGCAGCUUUUGGUGGGUCGCACUACACAAAUCCCGACUUAUUUACUCCGUUUGUAGCCGAACGUAUAAAAAAACAAGGACUAUUAAAUAAACAAGCAUUUAUGGACAUGGAAUUAAGAAAGUCACAGAACAAUUAAAGUCAAUAAUUACACGAAGGCCAGACGUACAUAUGAUACAUAAUAUAGCGCACUUAUAGCAGAUAGUUAAUUCAAUAAGUGUUGAGGGUAUUUUAGCAAUUACAAUAUAUUUAGAACGUGUUUAAUACAUGUAAACUGUACUCAUUAACAAUAUAAAGAAUAUUUCUUAUUGUGUUAUAUUUGGUCUAAAUCUAAAAAAAAAGUAGCUAUAACCUAAUUGUUUAGAAAAACAUAAAAUAUUAAUGUUGUAGGAAUUUGUAUUGUUUUUUUUUAAUUGUAAUAUCUAAAUA